AUGCCUGGAAGGAAGGGAUGGAAAAGCGAGCAGCUAACCCCAGCGUCAGCGUUGACAGAGGUGGAAGUUGAGUGUGGCACUCAACUCAGGAGAUUUGGAGACAAAGUGAAUUUCCGUCAGAAACUUCUGAAUUUGAUUUCCAAACUCUUCAAUUUAGUGACCUGACUGCUUCAGAAGCUUUUGCAUGAAGGGUG